ACAAUGCCCACAGUUUUAUCCAAGUUGACGAGUUUUGUGACGCUUCCCUCUGGUGUGACUACCUCUUCUAGCACCGCACAAAUUCGAAAGAUCGUAGAGCAAAUAUGGAAAAUAUAUAGCAAUAAUAGAACAUUAUUAGGAAGAUCUAUUUGGUUUAUAACAGUUUAUUACCUUUACCUCAGCAAGACUCAUGGUUCAAAAUCUCAAAAACAUGAUGUGGUUGCUACAGAAGCAAAGUCAAAGAGCAAAAGAGUCGCGGUUGAUCAUGUUUUCUUUGAAAGACUAAAAAAAUUGCUUAAAAUUGUUAUUCCUGGAAUAAAGUCGAAAGAAUUUUGGCUUCUAUUUGUCCAUUCUAACUUUCUAGUGUUCCGGACAAUUUUAUCAGUAUAUGUAGCCGCUUUAGACGGUCGAAUUGUUAGUGCAUUGGUACGAGGAAAUGCAAAGGAUUUUUUAACCGGAAUGGUGUGGUGGAUGACAGUGGCAAUUCCCGCUACUUAUACUAAUAGCAUGCUUACUUUUAUGCAAGAUAAAUUAGCCAUACAAUUCAGAACUCGUCUCACCAAUUAUAUACAUGAAAAAUAUUUAACAGAUAUGACUUUCUAUUCUGUUGGAAAUCUCGAUGACAGAAUUAAAAAUGCUGAUCAAUGUAUUACUGUAGAUACAAUGAAAUUCUGUAAUUCUCUCUCCGGGCUUUACUCAAAUCUUGCAAAACCAAUUUUAGACGUUUUUAUUUACAAUUUACAAUUGGCAAGGAAUGUUGGUGGCGAAGGUUUGUACGCCGUAUCUAUAAUGGUUCAUAUAUCUUCCGUGGUUCUGAGAGCGUUGACACCACCAUUUGGAAAAAUGGUUGCGGAGGAACAGAAAUUGGAGGGUGAAUUCAGAUUCACCCAUUCUCGGGUGAUUGAAAAUGCUGAGGAAAUUGCAUUCUACGCCGGUCACGAAGUUGAAAAGACCAUAUUAGAUCGCGGUUACUUUGCAUUAAUUAAACAUAUCAACCGAAUCUUCCGAAAACGUAUCAUCCAUGGAAUAAUGGAAGAUUUCAUUAUUAAAUAUUUUUGGGGUGCCAUGGGUUUACUGCUUUGUUCUGUUCCAGUCUUCUUCAAAGUACCAGGAAUUCAAACUAGUGAUCUUGGUACUCGAGCUCAAG